AUAUUCCCCAAAAUAAGAAUAUUCUAGUUGCAGAUGGUUCUCGAGAUUCCUCUUUAUAAUUUUUAUCAAACCAAGAAGUGAUAAAAUAAAACUAGCAUGAAUUGGCUUUUAUAGCGACGAUUAAUCAAUUCUUUUCUAUCCACUCUGCGAGGCUUAUAAAGGCUUGCUUGCUACCGCUAUCCAGAAGGCUGGCCCAAAGAUUCACCGGCCAUAACAAAACAAACAAUUUACUGCAGAACAUCUUGCACAUUUCUUUCCCUUCCACGUCAUAGAUCUCCAAAAUUUGAGUUGAAGAAUCUCCCAAAAUUAUAAACCCAGUAUCUUUUGGCUUCGGUCAUGUAUCAAACUCAAGCCUCCUCCUAACCCGCCCUACUUUUAGAUCGCGUGUGCUUCCGUUUUUGCUUGAUUGGUACACAAACGAUACCCUUUCAAAAGGAUAUGGAGACCGAAACGUUACCUUCAUCACUUGAUGAGGUAGAAGCUCUCGUUCAUCAACUAUACAAGGCUGGUCCUCCUCAACAGGUUUCAAAAAUUCAGGAAACUCUCCAAAAGCUACAGAGUUCUCCUGCUGGUUGGGAGCUGGCCAAUGGCCUACUGGGCAGCAACUCGGAAAAUGUCAAAUUCUUUGGGGCAUUAACGUUCACUAUCAAACUCAACACAGAUUCACAAUCUCUACAGGAUGAUGAUGCGCAGAUUGUGCUACAACAGAUCAUUGGAUGGCUUAUCAAGUGUUUGAAUUCUGGCUGCGGAGCACUUGUCGUCAGAAAACUAUGCACAACAUUAGUCACUUAUUUCCUUCAUUUCUCUGGCUCUUGGGCUCGUUGCAUUUCUCAUCUCACAUAUUGCCUAUGCCUUGGCGAGGCCGUUCCUUAUCAAAAAAUCGAGGAUGCUCCUAUUAUGGCGGUCCUUGCCCAGAAUCUACCAGAUGACAAAAGUCUGGCGAUACUGUGGUUCUCAGCUACUUUGGUAGAAGAAGUUGGAAAAACGGAUUCAAAUUCAAUGAAGCAACACAAAUUUCACGAAUAUGUGGUUCAGAAUGUUGAAGACAUUGUGACCAUAUUGACAAAGGGCAUUGUAAACACACCAGGGGUUCCUAUAAACACAAAGGUUCGCCAGGAAUCAAUGAAAUGUUUUCAGUCAUGGGUUCUUUACUCUCAUCGUGCAUUUCUCGAUGCCGCCAUUGUUCUUGCUCCUUUAAGAACUCUAACUCAGCCUGCAUUGAUGCUGAUCAUCGAUAAUGAUUUAUAUGAAAUCACUGUGGAGCUGUUUGCAGACAUACUAGCCAACUACUCGUCCUUUCUCUCCGAGAAUGACUUCACGAUGCUUUACGAUCUCUUCAGUAGCUCUUGGGCACAGGAAAGAUAUGCGAAAUUGGUCCAAGGCGAUUUUGACUUUGAUUCAGUGCAAUUCGGCCAAUUCCUAUUAAGUUUUGGCGAUGCCACGGUGCAAGAUCUAGCUCAAAAUAUCUCGACCGAUUCUAGAAGUCAGCAAAUACUUUCUGCUCUUGUAGGACUACUUGGCGCAGAUGGCUACAUUGUCAAUGAAGACAAGAUAUUUGUCCCAGCAGUAGAAUUCUGGGCUGUUUAUCUGGAAACUGUACUCGACUUGUCAUACAACGUGGAUGCUUCACCUCCUUGGCUACCAGCAGCGAGAUCAGUGCUGAUGCAAGCAAUCGAGAAAUGCUGGCAUAAAAUGCAAUUCCCUCCCAAACAUGAAUUCAGUUCGUGGGAUUCAAAUGAGCGUGCUGCCUUCAAAGAUGCUCGAAGAGACGUGGGAGACUUAAUACAACAAUCUUACAUGUUACUUGGCUUACCACUUGUUUCUAGCUUCGUUGACCUCAUUCUAAAAUCGGUUGAGAAAGGAGACGCCUGGGGCGAACUAGAAGCCUCAUUGACCUGCUUAUCUGAAUUUCAGGACUAUAUCAAAGAAGAGUCGGAUGAAUACUUGGACAAAGUUUUUGGAUCGCCACUUUUCUCUAUGCUCACAAGGUCCGAUUCAACUGUCCCUUCACGCACAAGGCAAGCGUUCCUCAUGGUCAUCAAUGGCUAUCCAGACUACUUUGAACGUCAUACACAACAUCUUCCGAGCGCUCUUAAUCUUAUGUUCAGUAUGCUACAUUCACCAACGUUGGCCAGGGUAACAUCAAAGUCAAUCGCGAUGCUCUGUUCAUCCUGCCGAAAGGUACUUGUUCCUGAACUUGCGGCGUUUCUGCAGCAAUAUAGUGAGAUCAAUCGAGAGAACUCUGUGGAAAGUUAUGCAAAAGAGGGUGUCAUUGGCGCUAUAGCAUCAAUUAUUGAAGCAAUGCCGAACGAUGAAUUGAAGCUGGCCCCUCUUAGACAACUGUUGGAAUUUGUCCAAAGGGACCACGAACGAAGUCUUCAUUUAUUGAGCACAAAUUUCACAAACGUGGCAUCAAAUACACAGGUGCCGGAUAGCCAAGUAGCUGCUGACGAAGUUGAACUCACUGCUAUAAGAUGUUUAAUAAGUAUCGGAAAGGGUCUUCAAGUACCUGCGGAUACCCCUGUUGAUCUUAAUACUAAUGAAAAUAAUUAUUCAUACUGGAAGAAUGGCAAUGGCAGAGGAAUUCAAGUACAGGUUUUAAACAUUCUUACCGCAGCUAACGAAGCCUUCCCCGGCCAUGGUGAGAUAACAGAGGAAAUCUCGCACGUUUUUCGCACUGGCUUGGUCGAAACUGAUGGCCCAUUUGCUUUCCCUCCUGAAGAUGUUGCUAAAUUCAUCUUCAGAUCCAAUUAUCAGACGCCUCGUAUUAUCACAGUCAUCAACACCGCCUGCUCACUCAUUAAUUCAUGUAGCACAGCAUCAGAUGAGCGCAACCAUCAGGUUUCAAGUGCCUUGUUAACAUGGGUCUCUGGAUUGGCGGAAGCUAUAAAUCACGAGCCCAGCAAUGACCCAGAGAUCUCGCAACCAAGCAUCGAGUUCCUCCAUCGUCUAAUCUCCACCCCUAAAAAUCUCCACAUUCUCCUUCACCAUGAGCCCAAAUCCUCGCUUGAACAUAUUUUCAUGUUUACCCUCAAAGCCCUUACAGGCCGGGAUCCACUACCCAAACAAAGUGCUGCUGAAUUCUGGGCCUCAUUCGUCUCCCUCCCUACCAACAACCCAGAUACCCACGUCCAACAAGCCAUUACCAACGCUCUUCAACAUCUCGGACCCCUCCUCGCCCAAGCCCUCAUCUAUAACAUUGGUGGUGGAGCCGCUCGCAGCGAACUCGACAAACUUUCUGACCCGCUGCGAAAACUUGUUGUGAGUCAGGUGCGAGCAAAGAGUUGGUUGGAAGCGGCGUUGAUGGAUGGAAACUUCCCAAGUGACAAGAUAGAUCAGAAGGAGAAAAUGGUAUUUUUGACCAAGGUCAUGAAUCUUCGUGGUGCUAGGGGAACAAAUUCGGUGGUGAGAGAAUUCUGGUUAGCGUGUCGAGGAUCAAAUUUUGCAUAUGUUUCUUGAGAUGGAGAAGAAGGGGUAGAUGGACACGACCAGAAUGUGGAUGAAUGAAUAUUUGGAUGGUGCCAAGAAAGGAACUAUUCUACAAUUGAAUCCAGAUAGCAUUGUAUUGUACACGAUUGAACGCCUCAAUCAAUUUUAAAUAGAUAGACCAAUCCUUUUUCCAGCAUCUCAUUUUCUAUUUAUGCAUCCUCAUCCUCUACUUGAUCUGUAAACUUCUUGAAUAAUAAAUACACUAGACAUGUAAAUCUAGAACCAACAUGUAUCUAAAAUCGCAUAAAAGCAGCCAUAGCGAAAGUUGUCCCAAAAGAAACUUUGAACGCAACGUUUUCUUCUAUGAGCGAACGUAGAUUCACAUGUUUGAUAUAGCGCUGGAUACGAUCUGUAGGGACGAUAUCGAGGCCGUGGGAAGAGGCCCACUGUAUCCCAACAACCAUUAAACCGAUUAUUAGCGCUAGCGAACGCGAAAAUGUACUGACUGCCAGACCGGCUCCUAGUCCUGUGGUGGGUUGGGUGUUAGUGGGAGUUCUUUGUGUGAUUUGUUCUUAAUGGCUCUCUCUCCCUGCUGCCUUAUUUUGCUUCCCUCUUGACAUCACCUAGUUUCCAUAUCCAUAUCCAUAUCCAUUCUCUCUCUCCUCCCUUCCCCUUCUCUUACUCUCCCUUUCCCCUUCUCUCUGUCCCCUCAUACUCGAAUAACUCAAACCAAACCAAACCAACCCCAAGAAAGGAAAGAAAAAACAUACCAACAAUACUCCCACUACUAAU